AUGGCUGCCUCACCCCUCGUCCUUCCCCCUUCCAACCCCUUGCAGUCCUCACUCAAGACCCUCGCGUCGCCCCUGCGACGGCAGUCCUCCGCCGUGCCCUCCUCCACAAAUGGCACUCCACGAUCAUCACGCCCAACGGGCCAGCCAGCCCAGCCGCCCCAACCCUCGCAGCCUCCCACCAUGGACCUGGCCGAGCAGAUGAACAUGGAGGAGCGGAGGAAAUACGUCAAAGGCAAGAAGCUCGGUGAAGGAACCUACGCCAUCGUCAACCUGGGCCACUCGCGCGCCGACCCCUCCCAGCUCGUCGCCAUCAAGAAAAUCAAGAAGCAAAAGGAAUACACAGAGGGCCUCGCACCCGACGCAGUCCGCGAGCUCAAGCACCUGCAGGAGCUCUCCCACCCGAACAUCAUCUCCCUGCUCUCCGUCUUCUCCACAAAGGACCAGAACGUCUGCCUCGUCCUCGAGUUCCUGCCCCUCGGCGACCUCGAGAUGCUCAUCCGCGACGACAAGAACAUCCGCUACGGUACCUCCGACAUCAAGGCCUGGAUGGGCAUGCUCGUCCGCGCCGUCUGGUUCUGCCACGAGAACUUUGUCCUGCACCGCGACAUCAAGCCCAACAACCUGCUGAUCGCCGCCGACGGCGAGGUCAAGCUGGCUGAUUUCGGCCUGGCCCGCUCCUUCAGCGACCCCUACGGCUACAUGACCUCCAACGUCAUCACCCGCUGGUACCGGCCCCCGGAGCUGCUCUACGGCGCAAAGUACUAUAGCGGCGCCGUCGACAUCUGGUCUGUUGGCACCGUCAUGGCCGAGAUGGUCCUGCGCGUCCCAUACCUACCCGGCAACACCGAGCUGGACCAGAUCCGCCUCAUCUGCCAGCAGAUCGGCACUCCGACCGAGGACAACUGGCCCGGCGUCACCAAGCUGCCCGAGUACAUCAAGCCCGCCGACGCCCCCGCCGUCGUCCCCGAGCGCACGAAGCAGGACUUCCUCGGCACCUUCGGCACCGUCGGCGACGACGGCGUCGACCUGCUCAUGAGGACCUUGAUCCUCGACCCGCGCAGGCGCAUCACCGCCCGCGAGAUGCUGGAGCACCCCUGGUGGCACGCCGAGCCCCGUCCCACCCGCAAGCAGGACCUGCCCCGCAAGGACGAGGAGAGGAUGGGCGCCGACCUCAAGAGGCCCGCCGGCGUCGUGGCCGAGUAG